ACAAGUUUCUUUUAUCUUUGGGAAGUAGGCGUGACUUAUCUGCACAGGUGUCCAUGUAUGACGUAUAUUGUGUGCCGUCUUCAGCAGGGCUCAACAUCGGCUAGAAUCUCUGGCUGUCCUAUUUUUUGUAAGUUGGAACUACAUUGUCCGUGUCUCCGGAAGUGUAAGGAGAACGCCGGGUUUGCAGUGUUUGUGCUUGUGAUGAUCAUGGACCUGGGAGAAGUCAUCGCUCAGUCCACCUGGGGUGGGGAUGGAUCAUCACUGGCAGGUCUGACAGACUUCUGGGUGUUCCGUUUCCUGCUGAAUAUCCUGGGGUAUGCCUCCAUUGUCAUCCCCGCAGCCAUUCUCAUCAGAUAUAUCAAGAGGAGUAACUUUCUGGAGCGAUCAGCAGGUAAAGGAUGUACAUACAACGUGGUGAAGGCCUGUGUGUACGGUACAGCAGAUGAGCUUCCCACGACCCAGCUGGACAGCGAAGCACCUGCACCCUCUCCUUCCCGCUUCCCGAGAUGGGCCAUCCUGAUCUUCUGUGUGGUGGGGCUGCAGGGGUCCUACCUCACAUGGGGGGUACUACAGGAGCGCAUCAUGCGACACGAGUAUGGGGGAACUGAGGAUGAGCCGGCGGAAAAAUUCCAGAAUUCUCAGUUCCUUGUCUUUGUCAAUCGCAUACUGGCAUUAACAAUAGCGGGUAUCUAUCUUAGUUUAUUCCGUCAGCCAAGACAUGGCUGUCCCAUGUACAAAUAUUCAUAUGCCUCCUUGUCUAACAUUAUGAGCAGCUGGUGUCAGUAUGAAGCCCUUAAGUUUGUCAGUUUCCCUACACAAGUUUUAGCUAAGGCAUCCAAAGUUAUCCCUGUCAUGUUGAUGGGGAAACUUGUAUCCAGGAAAACCUACGAGUACUAUGAGUAUGUGAUAGCUGCAUUGAUAUCUGUGGGUCUCAGCAUGUUUCUGAUUGCCCAUGGUCCGGAUGACGAGAAGAAAAGCACCACAGUCACAACCUUCUCUGGGAUCAUUCUGCUGGCAGGCUACAUGAUGUUCGACAGCUUCACAGCAAACUGGCAGGCUGAGCUGUACAAGUACAAGAUGUCCUCCUUUCAGAUGAUGUUUGGUGUGAACUGCUUCUCCUGCCUCUUCACAUCGGCAGCACUGCUCCAGCAGGGCGGCUUCAUCGAGGCCUUCUCCUUCAUGUUCCGCCACCAGCUGUUCGCCUUUCACGUCUUCCUCAACUCCAUCUGUUCAGCCACCGGACAGAUGUUUAUUUUCUUCACCAUUAACCAGUUCGGUGCCAUGGUGUUUGUCAUCAUCAUGACCACGAGACAGGCUCUGGCUAUCCUCCUGUCCUGUAUAAUUUAUGCACACCCGGUGUCUAUCAUGGGAGGGUUUGGCAUUGGGAUUGUGUUUCUUGCAAUGUUCCUGCGGGUCUAUGCCUCCCACAGGAUGAAACAAAAAAAGGCACGCCAGCAAGAAAAUAACACUGGGGUGAAAGUCUGAACAAGAAGUAGCCACCGCUGAGAAGGGAAGAACUGUUGAGGAGAAUUAGAUAGUUGGCCACUGAUGUGACUUGAAAUAGAUAUCUUUUGUGCAAGCCAUGCCUCAGUAGAACUAAGUCAUCCAAAUUUGGUAUUGUCAUUUCUUUUCUGUCUCAGCUAAUGCCUAAGUACAAUCACUUGUGAGAUAUUGUUGAUAGGUAGACGGUGUGAUCUCUGAUGUUGACAAAGGAAACUAUAAUAAUUAACCUUUAUAGUUACCACCGUAUAUUUUGUAUGAUAAAAUGCUGUGACAUCAAUUUGCACAAAGAAAACAGGAUUCAAAUUAGGUGGCUCAAAGCCUCUGCUAUCAAAAUGUAGUGAUUCUGCCAGAAGUGAAAAGUACCUAAAAUUCUAGAAAAAGUAGAUGCUGGGGCAUGCCUGUAUUUUACAGAUUGGCAUAUUUUGUUGAUUUAUUAUUUAUGUGUUUUCAUGUAUGUCAGCCAUCAGAUUUUGAGAGUGUAAACUGUAAAGAUAGAGUGUCAUUAUCUUCCCUGUGGAAGGGAAGUCACUUUGCUGAAUCUGGCUUAAUAUGGUGGGAAGUUUUAGAUGUUGAGAGGAGGGGGGCAUAAUGGGAAUUCUUUCAUAUGCUAUGAAUUCAAAGAGAUGUUACACAUGUAUUUGUUAUUUUUCUUGGUGGUGGUGUUGGUUAUGAAAAAUUUUUGUUGUUAAAUUGUUUCUUCACUAUUUUCAUAUGUGUAUUUAUAGUAUGCUGUGCUUAAAGAUAUGCUUUUAUUUUUUUUCUUCUACUUUUGUGUAGCUGACCAUUUGUGCUGUCUGGUAUUUAUUUAUCUCAUCAUAUUUUAUUGAACAUCUGUCUCUAGAAGAUCUUCAAACUUUGUCAGACAAAAAGACAAAGUCAAUUUUGUGCUGCACAAUGAAGUCUACUUUCUGGGAAAGUCUUUUCUGCCAUUUUUGAUGGCAUGGAAGAUUGAAGAUAGAAAAUAAUGACACUGUUGAAACAAAGCACCACUUACUGUUACUUGACCUUUGGAUAAUUGUGUUCAGUUGUGUAAAGUAAAAUAGGUGUUUAAGGUACUGCAGACAAAAAUAUUGCUCUUUAUGUCCUCUGUGACAGACAAAAAUCGUCAUGUAAAGAUAUUAGUUGAACCAAGCUAAGUCUACCAGCAAAAUCUGUAGAAAAACCCCCUUCAUGGAACUUUGGUAUCAAGUGUGGCCCUUUGAAUUGUUCAUUGCAGGAAUUGUGAUGUAUUUGUGCAAGGCAGAAGAGCUGAAAUUUGUUGUUAGUAUAUAGGUGAGUUAUUCAUUAUUUUGUUGCAGGAAACUACAAGUAAUGUGUGGAUACUUUUAAAAGGCUGUCAUAUUUUUCUGCUCAAAAAGUAAAAUUUUCACCUUACACUUUAGAAUGGUGCCUUUCUAUUCAAUUAAUCAUCUAUAAUAAGCACACCAAGUAUUUAAAAUGGAAACUUGGGCCUGGAAAGAAAAUGUAUAGGUUACAGAGUGAGAUUAAUCUUGGUAAGAUGUAGUUUGUGGUGUAUUUGUUAACUCAAGGUUUGGGGUGUAAAUUACACAUGCUGAUUUGUGAAGUUUAAGAGCACCAUGGGCAUAAAGCUGUGUAUACUGUUGGAUAUGUAAAGAAGAUGGAGGAAGAAUGUCUAGAACUGUAUAUUUACUCACUGUACACAAAUAUCUGGCUAACAAAUAAAUAAAUCAGCCUCUGAAUAUGUACAAA